CCCGCUUGCUUUUCCGCCAUAGUUUAAACUGGCAGUUGUGGCUAUGAUCAAUGCCUAUGAUCCGCGGGCUGUCAGAAUUUAGAUUAUGUUACGGACGACAAAUGUUUACAAGGAUCGAAUAUUACUCAUACACACGUUUAUCGUUCCUGAUAGUACUCUAUUACUAACGUAGCGUUAGCUAGCUACAAUGUCUCUGCCUCCAGAGAAAGCUUCCGAACUGAAGCAAAUUAUUCACAACCAUUUGCUUAAGAUGGACAUCCAUGGGAAGAUCCGAGAGGUGCUGGCUGAGACUGUAAGGGACGACCAAGGCCCAGCACAUCGAGCUCUGUCUGAGGCGGAUUUCUUACAUGCUCUGCAGCGCAGGGGCAUCAUAGAUGAUGUGAUGAAGGACCUACACUUUACACAGGAAGUACCCACAGAUGCAGAAACAGGAUCCCCUCCAAAGCCUGCUGCUCACUUUGUUGACAAAAAUAUUACUCUGCUGAAAAAAACCAAUAUUGACCCAUCCAGGCGGUACCUGUAUCUCCAAGUGCUUGGUGGUAAAGCCUUUCUGGAGCACCUCCAGGAGCCAGAGCCUUUACCUGGUCAGGUGUGUUCUACAUUUACGCUCUACCUGCACUUCCGCAACCAGAGGUUUCGCUCAAAGCCAGUGCCCUGUGCCUGUGAACCUGACCUAAAGGAGGGUUUCCUCUUAGAGAUCCACAGAGAUGGAUCCACAGGAGAGGGCAGCAAAAUGGCGGACGCGACCACCAUGCUGUCUUUGUGUGACCCGGUUCACUUGGUGCUGAUCAAGACGGACACCUCCAGUGAGACAACGCUGGUCUCGUCCUACUUCCUGGACUGGAGGACAGUUCUCAGCUCGCCCAGUGGGAAGACCUGCUUUGCUGUGGAGCUGAUGGGAGUUGGUAGUGAAUGUAAAGUCCCAGCUGGUGUUUUGACUGUCAGCCUGGAGCUCUACCCUCCUCUCACGGAGACACUGAGCGCUGACAUCAUCAGCACACAGCAAUCACUGGAGAGGCAGAGGACAGCAGAGAAAGAGAGACUUUUCUUGGUUUAUGCCAAACAGUGGUGGAGGGAGUUCCUGGAGAUACGUCCAUCGCACCAAUCCAAAAUGGUCAAGAUCUUUGCACAGGAUGAGAAUGGCGUCAACAGGCCAGUGUGUUCUUACGUGCGUGUCCUGCGGGCAGGCCGGAUUCUAGAGAGCCCUCGGCAGGCGGCCCGCUUCGUCAGCCUGCUGGCCCAGGAGAAAGCCCCUGUGGUGGGAGGAGGAGGAGGCAAGCAGGAGCAGUGGUGCACAUUAAUGGCUUUCCUGUGUAGAAGGAAGGGGGACUGUGAGGACCACGCCACCCUGCUGUGUAGUUUACUGCUGGGAUAUGGCUUGGAUGCGUAUGUGUGUGUGGGUACCAAAGCCAAGGUAACCCCACACACCUGGGUCCUGACCCGCGGUACUGAUGGGAGCAUCACCUUCUGGGAGAGUCUGACUGCACACAGAUACCUGCACCAGGCCAUAGACCCAGAUGCCCCGCCCCUGGCCCCCCAGCCCAAACCCUCUUCCCCCUACCGCACUGUGGGCUGUGUCUUCAACCACCAGACCUUCCUGGCCAACUGCCAGCCCACCGAUGCUGUAGAGCUUUGUGUCUUUGACUUCCAGAAUCAGUCUCGGUGGAAGGCGAUGAGCGAAGAGGCUCUGAAGUCUGUUUGCGCCCCAGGCUCCACCACCUCUCUGCCCCCUCUGCCUCCACUCUGUGCCCCAUCUCUGGAUCCUGCUGCUGCCAGCAACCAGCUGGAGCUGGAGAUGCGCUACCUGGUUUCAGAGCACAGGAAGGACCUGGAACUGGCCACCGUAUGGGACGACCACCUGUCCUACCUGCUGUCCUCGGCACUGUCGGCCUAUGAGCUGGAGCGCUGCACUGGCGUCUCCUGUGGCAACGAGGAGUUCCAGGACGCAGUGAGGAGGGCUGUGCCAGACGGACACACCUUCAAAGGCUUCCCCAUCCACUUCUUGCACCGCAAUGCUCGUAGAGCCUUUGCCACGUGCCUCAGGUCUACGUUCUGUGAGGAGAUAGUGUGUUGUCGUGGCGACCAUGUGAGGCUUGCGGUCCGUGUUCGUGUGUUUGUCUAUCCUGAGAAUGCAUGUGCAGUGUGGCUCAUGUUUGCAUGUAAAUACCGCUCUGUACUCUGACCACCGUACCCUAAAACUACCAGCUUAUGAUGCUCUUUGACCCUGGACAAUAUUUAAUGUGUACGGAAGGAAUGUGUGCCUGAUUCUCAUAGAUUUAAAUGAAGUUGUACUCCGUGACGUGCACACAGACAUAUAUGUGGCUGUUGUCUUUACUGUGAUGUUUAGGCCUUUAUUUUGUUGUCCAGGAGAUUCUUCAUUUGUACAGACGUUUACACUCAGAAUUGUAUUUAUACAUCUAUUUUGGUAAAUAAAUGGAACUUUUUUAAUCUUA